CAGUAAGAUUCAAAAGCGGUGGGACACAACAAACAAAGUACGAGCGCGUGAACGAACUGAACUGAAGUGACAAAGAAAGAAAGCAAGACAAAGCUUUUAUUAGGAAAUGGAAGAUAAAUCAUUGCCCAUCAACAAGGUGAGAACCGAAAACUUGCAGAAAGACUAUAAUGAUGAUUCUACAGAGUCUACAGUAGCAACAGUGGAAAGUAAGGAAAGAAAAACUGCUACAGACGAGAUUACUAGUGUUUUUCUUAAUGAUGUGCAUUGUGUAGAAAAGGGUAAAAAGCUUCAAGAUAUAAACGAAGUGGUACCUAACAGUACACUGCUCAAUAAAAUCACAGACAAUCAAGAAAGAAUAAAUGCAUCAAAUCAAUCACUUACUUUUAAAUCUGAUGAUGCAUCUUCUUUUAAACCUGGAGAAAUCUUUAUGGUAACGUCAUAUGAAGAACUUAAAAAACUUCUGGAGAAUUAUUAUGUAUCAACUUCAAGUGUAUUUGUCACUGUUCAAAAAACAAAAGAAUUUGGUUGCGAAGGGUCGGUGAUAGAUUUUUCUACAAAAAGAAUUUCUUGGCAAGAUACGCAAAAGCCACACUUUUGUCGAAAUGGUUUCGAUAUCCCGUUUGAUGGGGUUCCACGUAUAAAUGUUGGGAACUUCUAUCUUAAUUGUCAAUAUGGUUCCGAUAUGUGCGCGACAGCCAAGUCAAGAAGAAGGGAAAAGAGAAGAUCAAAAUUGGAAAAAGAAAUAGAAAAUGGGAAAGAUGUAGUUAUCAAAAUGCGAAAACCAACUCCUAGUAAAAAGUGUGGCUGUCCAGCUAAAAUUGCUGUGAAGCAAAUUGCCAGGUUCCCAGAAUAUAAAGUUUCUAAGAAUACUAAUCGAAGACUGCGUGAGUCCUCAGACAGAUUAAAAAAAGCACUUUUAACUCACAAGGAAAGUGUUUGCAUCGAGUCAUUUUACAUAGGAAAACUUCCUGACGCAUGCGAACAUAAAUUUCACGAGAAGUUGCAGGGUGGAAAAUUCUUCAAGGAGUCCAUCCAUCCUGAUAUUGUUACACACAUAGAAGAACUUUUUAUGCAGAACUAUUCUAACGAUAAGAUUAAAGCAGGCUGUCUAGAUUUUGUCCUAAAUAAACUAUUUUAUAAGCAGAAGCCUCCCGACGAAACUAGAAGAAAAUAUAAUCCUACGGGUAAAGACAUAACGAACAUUAUCGCACGAAUGCGAAGAUUGUGCCAUUGCUCAGAAGAACAGAAAAAGAGAAUUUCUGAUUUUAUUGAACAAGCCAAAGUCGAAGAUGAGUUCUUAAAUGCAUGUUUUGAUGUCAAAUACCAAGAUAGUCAAGAAGUUGACGCAGAGUCAUCAGAGGACGAGUUCUUUGAACCUGAUUCUGAUGGAAAAAAAACUAAGAGAAAGAAAAAACCCAAGAAACCCGAAAGUAAAAAACAAACAUUUUUAUUCUGCUGUCAAACACAAAAACAACAGCGUCUGUUGAAGAGAUACGGUGGGAUAGUAUUUGUUGUUCGUGUGGAAAAUAAAAGUCGUGCAGCACCUUUUCACAUGUACAAUAUACUUGUUCAAACCAAUGUUGACUAUCAAACUGUGUGUUCGAUGAUUGUGAGUAGAGACAAUCAAGAUGGCGUAAAGGACGGUAUGACUUUGUUGAAAGAAUGGAACACAUACUGGAGCCCAAAAUAUUUUGUUGUGGAUAGCGUCGAAGAGAUAUACAAUGCUAUUGAUGAUUUAUUUCCAGAAGCAUCGUACUUUUUGAAUCCUCAAUCUUGCGAAGACAAAUGGAUGGACUUUUUAAACACACCUUCAAACGAACUAGCUGAUCAAGCCGAAGAAGUGAUGGCCUUCUUGAGAAAUAUGGCGUACUCUACCACAGAAGAUUCUCUGACAAUCGCAGCAGCACUUUUUGAGGGUAGUAGUGCAUGGAAUAAUUCGUCCAAGUUGAGGACAUGGUUUCAAACAACGUGGUUGCAUAUGGCUAAGAAAUGGGUAUUUGGUUACCGUCCAGAAGACUUGUUAAUUACAAACCAUUGGAAGGUGAGUCCAAACGAGUGCGUAAAAAAGUACGAACAAGCAUUAGUAGAGGUGACACAUACAAAGUAUUGGUUGGAAACUGUUAUUAAAAGCGUAUGUACAAAGAUUUCUGAAGAUGAUUAUAAGGAGUACGUCAACCGAAAUAAAGAGCUUUAUUUGACAAGUAAAGAGUUUUAUAGAGAUAACCCGAUAUCAAGUUGUUACCAAGGCGUUCCCAUGGCAAUAUUACCUCAUGUCUACGAUGUCGGUGUAAUUGCUCAACAAAAUAAAUUUGAAAUUUCAGAUAAUCAGUUAGGUCUCUUUACUGUAAAGUAUGAACCUGAAUUUUUUGACAUUGCUGAUGUUAAGAAAUUGGAAACAACCGCUGAUCAACCUGGCAAAGGGUCUGGCACGUCUCCAAAAGCGGAUGCUACUAUAGAUGGCAAGAUUGAAGAGUUGAGCAAAGAUGUUUUACAAUCUGGAGAGUUUACUGUUUCAUUUGGUGAUUUAUGGAACUAUCCGUUUUGCACAUGUUCGUACUGGCAAAUGUAUAAACUGCCGUGCGUUCAUAUGUUUGCAGUUUUCUGUGAAGUACCUGAUUGGAAAUAUGAUAUGUUGGCUCCAUUAUAUCGUUUUGCAAAUGUACUUCAUUUCGAUUAUUCUUGUGUAGAUACAGAAAUUGACAAUAAAAGUUCUUCUUCUGAUGCUAGUUGUCAAACCACAAUUUCGAGUCCGUCGGUCGAGAUUCAAAAAGAUUUUAAUGAGGAUAAUCUGUUCAUCCGUCCUCCAUUCAUUGACAAAAACUUUCUUCAGCAAUGCAACGAAUUUUUGCUGCAUUUUGAUAAAUUAGCAAUUCUGUUCAAGGAUAAAAAACUGUAUAAAACGUUACGUCAUGAACUUCAGUCUUUAAAAAACGACCUGUUGUCGAAUGCAGUUAGUAAGAAAAAUCCAUUUGAAGUUUUAACUGUGAAACAUGAUUUUUCAAAUGAUAUAAAAUGUUCUUCUUCGCACGUGUCUCCUGUAUGUGUUACAAAGGUGAAGAAAUCUACAUUUUCUGCGACGCAAAUGAAAAUUGCUGCAAGUAAAAAGAAUGUUGCAGUCGUGAAAGUGGCACAGGGUGAUGACGUCAAUAGCGUGUUAGACGCACUUGCUCAAGCAAAUCCACGCAAAAGUUUUCAGGUAUAUAGAGAAGACGCCGCUAAAGAACUUCUUUCAGAGAAUUCAGCUGCAACCAAAUUGAGUAGCAAAACACUUACACAACAAAUUUCAGAACUAACUCCAAUUCUAUCAAAAGUUUCUGCCAUAUCAGUUGAACGGAAUUUAAAACGCACCAUAAGUGGUGUCAAGGCUGCAGGUAAUACAUCUAAGAAGGAGAGUGCAGGAUGUAUAUCAAACGUACCUAAGAAAUUACAACUAGCGCAAGUGAAAACAACCAAAUUUGCUGCAAAAAGCACAAGUAGUGGUAUAGUAGGAUCAAAAACUUCCGAUAAAAUAUCUGUUUGUUCACCCAUUUUGUCAGUGAAUAGCAAUCUCACUGAGGGUAAAGAUACUACAGUUAAAAAUCCAACUAUUGCAAAGGAUGUCGGUUCUUUACUUGGAGUGUGUACAAGUCCUGUCUCAUCAUCAAUUGUCAGCAACAAGAAAACCCACACUUCCCGCACGCUGGCAGUGAAGUUAGACGCUCAUUCUUCUAUUCCAAUAACUUUGGAGAAAAGCAAACCACGUCCUUCGAAAAACUAUCCCCGUAGUUCGGUAGUUGUAAAAUCUAAGUCACAAUCAGGCCAUGUUUCAGAUCGACAAAGUACAGACAAACGAACCUUAUCACCUAAAAGAAAAAUCAUUUCCGUGAUGGAUUAUUUACCGAAUUUUAAGAAAAAAUGUCCAGACAUAUGAAAAUCGCUAUAAGAUGAAGUUUCCAAAACAUUUUUAAGUUCCCAAAUUGGAGAACUAUUUAACUAUUUUUUGAUUUUAUAUUUAUUCCAAUGAGAAUGUAGAUAUACGAUAACGGUUAUGUGAAAUAGUUUUGAUGUAUUUUUAUUGUAUAUAUAAUUUGAAAGAAAAACUUUUCUAAGUAAGGUCACUACAAUGCAA